AUUUUAAAGUCAAUAUUGUUUUUAGAAAGACGGGGCCAAAAUUGUUUUCCCUCAAAAUGUCUAAAAUUCGAAAAUUUAGUUUUCUGAUUCACGCUCUUUUCCUGUUUACCACAUGUGCCUCAUUUAAUAAAGAACUUGUAAUGUGUGGAGACUGUACUAAGUACAAUAAGGGCAUAUGCAUAAUUAAAAGUGAUGUGGACCAUGUUGUGAUUCAAGAAGAAUCUUUGCUAUCGAUGGGUUCUUCUGAACUUGCCCCGCUAACCGCGGACUUGGACGUGUGCAUUCCUAGCAAUAUGACAAUUGAUGCACAAGAUGGAGAAUUCCUAUAUAUAUGUGUUUGGUCACCCGAACUUGGUUGUCAAAUGUUAAUACCUAAAAACAAUAAGGACGAUUUUAUUGGGUGUGGGUCGUGCCAAAUGGACGAAUUUGUUCGAAUAGGCUGUCCGUGUGAGAAACCCGUCUCAGAUUCUGGCAAAUUCAAGUGGAAAUCGGGAUCAAGGCAACUUUACAGCCGAUCUCUGCGUAUUAUGAUUGCUGCUUAUUUUAUGCAGCAGGCUAUGACACAAAAGCUAUGUGGGCUUUAGACAUGAGUUCAAGAUAAUGUUGUCUUCACCAAGACCUUAUCGAGUUCCCAAGCAAGUGCAGACUGCAUUCCGGACUAUUUUGUUUUGAGGAAUAAAUAAAUACUUCAAGUAAAUAAAUAA